UUCAACAUGGAGACAGCAGUUGAUAAGCUGGAGGCAAUGUUCCAGAAAGCCGAGGCGGACCUAGAGUAUGUGGAAAAACGGUUGAAAUUUGACUUCUUGACCAGCGCCCGAGAGAACGGAGCGUCAGAGGAAAACCCAGUUAAACUGUUGGAGAAUCUGACCGCCAUCAAGGCACGGCAUGCAGCUCUGUGUGCAGAGGUGGUGGAGAUUGAAGCUGAACAGAAGAAGUCGAUGGACUCCAUCCGAGAACACCUCAGCACUUCUUUGAUGCUCGUCGAAGAGUUGCAGCGCAGGGCUGACGUUGAGAUUCCACCACUGACGGAGAAGGAACAAGAGGCAAAAGAGGUUCUCUGCUCAUCUGUUGCUUCACUUACUGUAGAGGCUCCACCAGUGUCUGAGUCUCAAGUCCAACAACAGUCGCAAUCAACAAAAGAGUGGGUAGAAGUGAGUGAAGCGACAUUUGAGGCUGUCCCACGAAGUGUGCGUGUGAACGUCAAGCUAAUUGAUCUCAAUACACUCUACAAGCAACUUUAUGACUAUUUCUCCUCAGAAAAACGAGGCCCAAUAGGCCAGCAAAAAAUGAAGAAAUUGAACAUGAAAGUCAGCGACGCUGGACUAAAAACAUUACGGCACCUCUCGCUCAUUGAACUGGACAAGAAGGGCAACGUUUGCCUGACACAGCAAAGCUGAAAAACAAGUGUAACCCAACGUCUUGUGUUUUGUUUAACCACCCCUGCAGCCGCUUCUCCCCUUCCACAAACAUUUCCACAAGCGUUUCUGUUCCUUUCCCAACGUCCCAGUCUCUCAAACGGAGAUGGACGCCAGCGUAAGUGGCUGCGUGCGUAGAAUGUCACCGUGAGCUUUUCUGCCGGAGAGUGAAGUGGACAGUGGAGACGUUAAGACAUUCCACAGGGAAUCAAAGAGCACACGAGCCAAGUCUGAUCACUCUUCAAAAAAAAAGCCGCGCCGCACAGUUCAAAUGGUGCCCAGCCCAAGACGAGAAGAUGUCAUUCUUGCUCGUGGGCACUUUGUGCUUAU